AUGAUUUCUCAAUUAGCAUCUAAAGAGGAUCAAAUGGAAACACACAGCAAGAUGUCAGAUAAUCAAAUAGCUCAACAUGCUGGCUCUUCAAAUAGUAAAGCUUUUAGGAAGCUUCCUAGCCAACCUGAGAAUCCAAGGGAGCAGUGCAAUGCGAUUACUUUAAGAAGUGGAGAGGUAAUGAGGGAAGAACAGGAAAUUGAAGUAAAGUUGAAAGAAAAGAAAGAUGAGUGUGAGAGUGAAUCCACUUCAACUAAAGCUAAAGCUAGUAAGGAAGCAAAUGAAGAGAAAGAAGAUAAAAUGGAAAUAGAAGAGAAAUAUGUGCCUCUUACACUGUACAAGCCUCCAUUGUCCUUUCCUCAGAGGUUUCAGAAAGCAAAAUUAGAUAAGCAGUUUAGAAAAUUCCUUAAAGUUUUGAAUAAGUUGUAUAUCAGCAUUCCAUUCACAGAUGUCAUUUCUCAAAAUAAGCUCCCACCUAAGUUGAAAGAUCCUGAAAGUUUUUCUGUACCAUGUCACAUUGGAGAAAUAAGUAUUGAGAGAGCAUUAUGUGACUUGGGAGCUAGUGUUAGCUUGAUGCCACUUUCCAUAUGUGAGAAGUUGAAGGUUAGAGAUCUAAAGCCCACAACUAUUUCUUUGCAAUUAGCUGACAGAUCUAUAAAGUAUCUAGUUGGGAUUUUAGAGAAUGUGCCAUUAAAAGUUGGGAAGUUUUUCAUUCCAGUGGAUUUUGUUGUACUAGAGAUAGAGGAUGAUGUAAGAACACCCAUCAUACUUGGAAGGCCAUUUUUAGCCACUGCAAGAGCUAGUAUAGAUGUAAAGAAUGGGAAAUUAAAGUUAACAGUGGGGGAGGAGGCAAUAGAGUUUAAUUUAUUCCAACAUUCCAAGGAACUAGAUGUGAUGAAUUCUUGUUAUAGGGUAGAUAUUAUAGAGCAUGAUGCUGAAACUGAAGUUAUUAAACUAAAGGAAAAUCAAGCUAUUCCAAUGCAAUGUAAUUAG